AUGAUAUCGAAGACCGAGGCUAAAAACACGCCGGAUGUCAAGGCCACCGACUUCGAACAUUUCCCGACGAAUCUCAACUACUUCCAGGACUCCGACGUAGUUCUGUUUCAAGAUCUCAAUGCCGGCGCCAUCUGGAGGUCUCCAGAUGCCGGGGCAACCUGGGCAAAGGUCGACGAAAUCGACAAGGCCUUCGUCUUGAUCAUGCACCAAUACGACUCGAAUCGCGCAUACGUCCUGACCAAGGGCGUCACACACUGGAGGACGCACGAUCGGGGCAAGACAUGGCAUACAUUCUUCACAGAUGCCGAGCUGAGCAUCUUCCGUGGCGACUGGCUGAUAUUCCAUGCCACGGACCCGGACCGCAUCUUGUUCAACGGGAUGGACUGCCAGAGCAUUUUCUGCGACGAAGUAGUUAUGUACACCACCGAUGGCUUCGAGUCAGACGCCAAGUUCCUUCGUGGCAACACCGCCGGCUGCUGGUGGGCUAAGUCGUCGGACUUGUUCAGUACCGGCUCUGAAGAUCUCGAUUCCCAACGAAUCUUGUGCAUAGUGAGGGGCAGCUUCUCGCUAUUCAAGGAGGACAAUCAGCUACUGAUUUCGGACAACUAUUUCAGCGCCACGGCAGAAUCCGGUGGCGAAGUGCAGGAAUUUGAGCCGGACCUCAAUGGCUUCAGUAGCGUUCAAGGUGUUGUCAACAUGGCUGUGGUCAAAAAGUACCUGCUCGUUGCCACCGCCUCGAAAAACACCGACGAGAUGGCCCUGUACGUCACCGACGAUACCCUCAAAUGGCACCGAGCCGAGUUCCCGAGCGACCACCGCCUUGUCCAGGAAGCGUACACAGUUCUCGAGGGCACCAAUUACAGUAUCCAGGUUGAUGUUAUGACGGCACGACCGUCGAACCCGAUGGGCGUUAUGCUCACUAGCAACUCCAACGGCACAUAUUUCACCAGAAACAUGGAGCACACCAACCGAAACAUUAUGGGGCAUGUGGAUUUUGAAAAAAUAUCAGGUAUUCAGGGGAUAUUCCUAGUAAAUCAAGUCGACAACUUUGAAGCCGUGGAGAAAGACCCUGCCGCUACCAAGAAGAUCAAGACCAAGAUCACGUUUGAUGACGGAAGAUCGUUCGAGGCUGUUCGUGCCGGCGAUAAGGAGAUCCACUUGCACUCCGUGACGGAGCUGAACAAUGUUGGUCGCGUCUUUUCGAGUCCUGCUCCGGGUCUCGUCAUGGGCAAUGGCAACGUGGGCGAUUAUUUGGGCCCAUUCAAUGAGGCUAACCUCUACGUAUCUGACGAUGCGGGCAGGACUUGGAUCAAAGGCCUUGAUGGUCCGCACAAAUACGAAUUCGGUGACCAGGGCUCCAUUCUCCUCGCUGUCCGUGACAGAAAGGACAAGGUAGGUGAGGUCAAAUAUUCACUUGAUCACGGCAAAAAUUGGGCAACUGUGGAACUCCCCGACGGGCUCAAGAUUACGCCUUGGGUAUUAACCACUACUCAAGACUCUACCAGCCUUAAAUUCGUGCUCACUGGCGAAUCCGGAUCUUCGGAAAACCCUAAGUUCCAUGUCAUUUCUAUCGACUUCGAAGGUCUCCAUGAAGCUACUUGCACGGAAAGCGACAUGGAAGAAUGGAACGCACGUGUUGACGAUGAAGGGAAGCCGAGCUGCAUCAUGGGCCACACGCAGAUGUAUCACCGGCGCAAGAAGGACGCCAAGUGCUUCAUCAAGCAAGAGUUCAAGGACCCCGUCCCGGAAACAUCUCGUUGCGAGUGUGCUGACGCCGACUUUGAGUGUGAUUUUAACUUUGUCAGAAACGGUGAUAAAUGCGAGCUCAAGGGUUUGCCCAUUGUGCCUGAAGGACAAAAAUGCAAAAACCAAGACGACACAUUCAUGGGAUCAUCGGGUUGGCGUCUCAUCCCCGGAAACCAAUGCAAGCGCAAGGAUGGCGAGCAAAAGGACAAAGAAAGAGAAUGGAAAUGCUCAGAGGUCAUAUCGCCACCAGCUGACCCUGCAAGUGGCAACAUUGCCCAUAAUCAACACCCCAUCAAGGGCAACUACGAUUACUUCGAAAAGCACUACCUUGAGCGGGGUGAGUCAAGUACCGAAAAAGAUGAGACCAUCAUCAUGAGGCCUGUUAAGAGGACUGCUGGCGGCCUUGGAGGAAUGCCUGGAGACAUUCAAAUCACCCACGAUCACGGCGUCAACUGGGAAUCACCCAAGGUGUUAAAAGACCAGAAAAUCUGGGGUAUUGUCACACAUCCAUACAUCAAAGAUAUGGUUUUCUUUGUGCAGCCUGACGGGAAGGUCUUCUACUCGGUGGAUCGCGGCCGGCAUUUCGAUUCAUUCAAGGCUCCGGACCCCGUGGGUGACCUUCGCCGAAACCCGCUAGCCUUCCAUCCUGACAGAAGAGACUGGCUAAUCUGGCAUGGAAAGAGAUGUCCUGAGGGCAGCUCUGCAGACUCUACAGCCUGCUACGGAGUGGCCUCGUACUCAUCUGACCGAGGCGACAAUUGGCACACGCUGAAGCGUUAUUCCGAGAAAUGCGAGUUCACUGGCUCGUCUGCAUACAAGGACAGAAAGCCGAACUCAAUCUUGUGUCUCGCCAAUACUCGAGAAGACAAUGACGGAGACAACCCCCUGCAGCUGUCUUUCAGCGCAGAUAUACAGGUGGAGAAGCUGGAGGCAAAGCUCGAUAACGUGAAGGACUUCGCCACAAUGGCCGAGUUCAUUGUGGUUGCGACCGAGAACAAGACUGCAAGCACCCUGAAUGCUCUGACUAGCAUCGAUGGCGAAAAGUACGCUGCGGCACAUUUCCCAUACAACUUCGAGGUCCCCCACCAGCACGCAUACACCGUGUUGGACAGCUCAACUCACGCCAUCAAUCUUUUUGUUUCUACUGAGACCAAUGAGAACCGGCGAUAUGGAAGCAUCAUGAAGAGUAACUCGAACGGCACAUCGUACGUUACGAGCCUUUCCAACGCCAACUGCGACAACAAUUACUACGUAGACUUCGAGAAGAUGCUAGGACUGCAAGGCGUCGUACUUGUCAACAUUGUUGAGAAUCGAGACAGCGAUGAUCCAAAACGAUUGCAGACUAAGAUCAGUCACAACGAUGGAGCCGAGUGGGCUUUCCUCCCACCGCCAAAGGCAGACGUUGACGGUAAAGCCUUCAGCUGCCGCGGCGGCAACGGAGACGAAGGAUGCGCUCUCCACCUCCAUGGCUACACGGAACGCGACGAUCACCGAAAGACAUACUCGUCUGAGUCUGCUGUAGGCAUUAUGCUCGGGUGGGGCAACGUUGGCCCAAUCCUGGGUGAGAGCAAAGAAGCCGAUACUUUCAUGACAACCGACGCCGGUAUUAGCUGGAAAAUGGUCAAGAAGGGACGCUGGGUAUGGUCAUUUGGUGACCAGGGAUCCAUCAUCGUUUUGGCUCAACGUGAAACUCAGACUAAAACAAUAUCCUACACACUGGAUGAGGGCAACUCGUGGAAAGACUAUCAGUUUUCAGAUACCGAGGUUUCGAUCAAUGACGUCACGACUCUGCGCUCGGGAGCCUCGCGUAACUUCUUGUUGUGGGGUCACAAAGGAGACGAGGUGUUCACUGUCAAUGUGGACUUCUCUGGACUGACUGACCAGCAUUGCAAGGUGGACGCAGACAAUGAGGACAAGUCUGACUACAAACUGUGGACUCCGAAGCACCCUAAGCAGCCAAACGGUUGUCUCUUUGGCCACAAUACUUACUACCUGCGCAAGAAGACGGACAGGACGUGCUUCAACAGCGAGAAGCUUAAUCAUGUCUACAAGAACGAUAACUGUACUUGCACAAGGCAGGAUUUCGAGUGUGCUUAUAACUAUGAGAUGGAUAACCAUGGCCAGUGUGUGCUCGUCAAGGGAUUGCAGCCUGUCUCUAUGGAACAGUACUGCAAAGAGAACCCGAGUAAAAUUGAAUAUUACCAACCUUCAGGCUUCCGCAAGAUCCCACUCACAACCUGCCAGGGUGGCGAAGAACUCGACAAGAUUGGCGAGCCCGUAGUAUGCCCCGGUCACGAAGAAGAGUUCGAGAAAGCACAUCGCGUGUCAGGCGUUGCCAUAUUCUUCGCUGUGGUGAUUCCCAUUGGACUUGCGGCUGCCGCUGGUUGGUGGGUGUGGCGAAACUGGCAAAACAACUUUGGGCAGAUCCGACUCGGCGAACAACACACGAUCGACAGCGAGACGCUUUGGGUCAAGUAUCCUGUCAUUGCGGUGUCCGCCAUGGUCGCCGUGAUAAGCGCAUUGCCCCUUGUGGCUGCAGCCGUCUGGCGCAGCGCCAGUGACUUGGUCGAAAAGUUUACUGGCAGGAGCGCAGGCAGGUACAGCUGGCUGGGUGGAAGCGGUCCUCGCCGGUUCACCACGAGGGACAGCUUUGCAAGAGGAAGAGCGGACUACGACAUUGUGGAUGAGGAUGAAGGCGAGCUCCUGGGCGAUGACAGUGACGAGGAGGUAUGA